AUGGUUACAUUAUGGUAUUUCAAACAUUAUCAUUCUGAACGCUACAUUGCAUCAGAAUUAAAUUUUAGUCAGCCAGCGGUGAAUUAUUUCUUAUCAGCAGUAGUGGAUAUUUUACAUUCGUGUGUAUAUCCAGCAUUCGUUUCUUUACUUGCUGAUCUAUCUAACAGAAGAACACCACAUGGACCUCAACAAUAUCGUAAAUUAAUUGUUGACUCGAGUUUUAUUGCAAUUUUUGAACCGCAUGAUUCAGAACAACGUAAAGCAUAUUAUCAUGCAAAAAUUCCAACAAAUUAUGCAAUAAAAGUACAAAUAGCUUGGGAUUUUCGUCAUCGAAUAGUACAUGUAUCUGAAUGUUACCAUGGAAGUAUAUAUGAUAUUACAGUUCUUUGA